AUGGAUGAAGAUAAGAGAUUUUCAAUCUUUUAUAUACGUAAGAAAUUCAAAAAAAAAGAGGAUUUAAACAAGAUGGAAUCCAGCAAAAUCAAAGUGGGUGAAAGUGAAAACAGACUAUCCGGGAGCAAAGUUGUAGUAGCGAGAACCUCAGAUAAGGCAGUAGAAAUGUGUUUUAUAAAUAACAAAGAUGUGUUUUCAGUCAAACGGAGAAAAAGUGAGAGAAUAAAAGGAAAAUGGCUUUCAAGGGUACCCGGAAACCCACCGGACAAGCCAAUAAUACUGGAUGAAUCGGACACAGAAGAAGGAUCACCUUUACAGGUUGAGCGUGUUAAAAAACAUAAAGAAACAAUAGACAGCAAAGUAUCGUCCACACAACAACCGCCUGCCGGUACCCUUCUGUCUGACAUUGCACAUCUCUUUCCGAACGUAAUGGAUAAAGAUGUCGUAUUACAGUCGGAACCAAACGAAAAAAGUGAAAUUCCCAUAUCCGCCACAAACAAAAAGGGAAACGAAACCGGUAAGAAGAGGAAGCACAAAGAGGCUGGAAUCAUACCGGAAGAAAAGAAAGCUGCGACUGUACAAACGGUUAAGCCGAUUAAAGAAGCAGCACACGGUACGACAAUAGACGAUUCUGAUGAUGAUUUUGACAACCCACCUUGGAAAAAAACAAGGUCAGGUGCGGGUCAAAAAGUAGUUGAAAAAACACAACAACCCGCAUAUGCUACAUCAAUCAAAGACUCUAAAACACACAAGAAGCGACAACCGGUAAAGAAUUACAUACCACUUGCUGAUGGGAAACUAACUAUGCGAUUGGCUCUUAAACACAUGGGGGAGUUAAUGGAAUCUUUGAACGAAAAUCAACGGGGGGCUGUCCGAAACAUAGGUUUCGGGUCAAUACUUAGCUUUCGAAUGGGUCCGAUUCCCUCAACUCUGAGUUGGUGGUUGGUAAAUAAUUACGACACUAAAACACGGGUCUUGAAUUGCGGUAGCCACCACAUUCAAAUAACAGAGGAAUUGGUGCACGAUGUGUUCGGAGUACCGAGAGGGAACGAAGAAAUAAAGGAAGUAGCGAGGGCAAGGGCUGAUUUCCACGAGGUUGUGGCAGAAUGGAAAGCACAAUUCGAAAGUGAUCCUGCACGCUUGACGCCUGUUCAGUUCAAAACAUACAUGCAGGGGCAACAAGCGAGCGGACGGAUCUUUGUGUUGAACUUUUUGUUGUUCUACAACACACUUCUGGGAGAGACAACUACGAAUUCAUCAAUUAAUAUGAAGUUUUUACCAGCAUUGCAUCGAGGGAAGGAUAUCAAAAGUUUUAACUGGUGUGAGUACAUGAUCAGGUGUCUGGAUCGAACGGUGGAAGCAUGGACACCAAAGGAGCCCUUCCUUGGACCAAUGCCAUUGCUAGUGGCUGCGUUGAUACGUGACCAGAAGAUAUACAAAGAAGGUGAACAAAGAGCAGCGCAUCUCAUCGAAGAUAUCAAUGAUGACGAUAUCGAGGCAGUGAGCAUAAAGUUGGACUCGGUCAGAUUAGAUCAAAUCUUAGUGGAAGAGUACGAGUUGCAACCGGAACAAAGGUAUCCAUUUGCAAAAAAGAGUGAUGAUGACAUCGAAGCAGAAGUAGUGAAAACAAAGAAAAAAGAUGAACCGAAGGCUGAAAAACACAUUACCAAGUGUGUUCCGGAAAAAAAGAAAAAAACAUUCGUAAAGCCGGCCGGUAAAGCACAUGGUAAACCUCCGGUCUCACCGUCACCGAAAAAAAAACAGACUGAAAAGAAGCUGCCGAAAGCCGGAGAGGCUGGGAAGAAGAAAAUUUUAAAUGAAAGUGGUCCGGAAAAUGCGCGUGUUAUUGCAUGA